UAACUUUUCCUACCUAUUAAAACGUUUCUAUUUUCUUUUUAAAUGUUUAUUUGAAGAAAUCUGCAAAUCAUAUUCGAAGCUGUUCAAGGAUCUGGUUACAUGAGUGAUAUAGCUAUUGAUGAUCUGACCAUGUCAACAAACAACUGUUCAUUCUGGAAUGCUUCCUGUAAUUUUCGUGAAGACACUUGCAAUUAUGAUAUUGAUUCUACAUAUUCAAGGUACGGCUGGAGAACGAGCAGGUUGUCUGGACUAAGUGACCGUUCAGGUUCUGGAUACUACCAGGUAUUUAAAGGGUAUUACUAUAGCACAAUCAGAGCCAGAUUAACAUCACCUUUACUUGAUCUUCCACCGACGAAAACCAAGGUCACGUUUUAUUACUAUAUGAAAGGUAGUAGUCCUAGAGAACUACAAUUACGAUUUGUGGAAGAUGAAGAUCAAAAUUCAUGGCAUACUGAUGCAUCAUACUUUUGGCAAGAUUCUGGAGACCAUGGAUCUCUAUGGCAAUAUGGUUGCAUGGAGCUGCCUACUAGUAAAAAAGGAAGAAUCGUGUUCUAUGGUAUGUCAGGAAGGAGAUGGUCUGGUGGAAUGGUACUUGAUGAUAUUGUCAUUUCCAAAGGUUCCUGUCAAAUUGGGAUAACAAACCGCGUGUGCACCUUUGAUAACCCAAAGUUCUGUAGUUACACAAUUGACUGUAUGAACCCUAAUGAAUACACAUGGAGAAGAAAUUUUGGAAGUACUUCUUCCCGUUAUACAGGACCUAGCACUGAUCAUUCAAAUGAUAAAAAUGGUAAGUUGUUUAUACUUUAUGUUAUUUUCUUUUAUUUAUACAUAACAUUAUAUCCCAAAGUAUUUUUAAUGAAAUUUGUUCCUGUAUAAAUCAGUACGAUAAGC